AGGUGGAGCCUUGGGAUCAGCUUGUGGGACAGUGCCUCUGAGUUUAAGGAGUCCUGACCAACUCCAGCAUUACGGAUGCAGAGAGAGGGGCUGCUGCUGGGAAAUGGAUCCCUUACCAAGUUCAUCCUUUUUUAAAGCAAUUUGAUAUGUUGGACUCUUUUACUCGCUUGGUUUCCUUUUGAAAGCUUCCGUGUCGGCAGGAGGUAGGUAAGGUGAGCAGCAGUUGCCUUUGGAAUGAAUUGGGGUGCCCCAAGCCUAGGUGCUCUCUCUGCUUUUCUGCUUUACUCUUUUGCAGCUUGUUGUGCUGAAGCUUUUUAUUUUUAAGGGAGUUACUACACUCUCCCUAUCUGCAGGAAACAGAAUUUAAAAAAAAAAAAAAAAAAAAAAAAAAAAGAAAAGAAAAAAAGGAAGAAUUUGGCAAGGAGCCAAGUGUAGUGACUGAAGUAAGAAGUAGGGAACUUGGAGUAAGUUUAGUUACCAGGACAUUGCAUGGCAGAGUGCGUCUGCGGUGGAUAUUAAGGGGCUCGGAGACAAGCACGCGAUGCCCGUUUCACAGCGCAAAGAAGCUUUGCUUUCUUAGAUGAAUGUCCUGGCACUGCGACUACGAGCGAAGCUGUUGGUCUUGGGAGGGGAUAAAAUUGUGUGUAAAUGAGAAGAGAGGAGUGUACCGGAGUGCUAUGGAGGGUAACAACUUUGUUGCUGUGACUUUUACAAGCCUUCAAGGAUCCGAGAGCUUUGCAAAGAUUAAUCAAAGGGCUUGGGGUUGAGCUUUUUCUGCGAGCGGGCUGAUAGACUUCUGGGUGGAGUGAGCUGAGCUGUGCAUGAUUUCAAGCAGCAGCAGCCGCCCCGGGAAGCUGCUAUUGUUCGCAUUGUUUCGGAGGGAGCAGACUGCAGCCUGCAUUUCUGUUUGGGAACUCGCUCAGCCUCAGCUGUUGAUCGAAGUUCCAUGGAGUUGGACUAAAAUAAAGUUUUGGGAUGUCUCUAUUUGGAUUACAAUUUGGAAAGAAGAAAUUGAGAGAGGAAGAGAGACAACUUCAAGCAAAUAACCGGGAUUUUAAUCUGCAGUUUGAAUAUGCUAACAAUUCAAUUAAAACAUCGAAAUACAACUUCUUCACUUUCCUGCCUCUCAACCUGUUUGAACAGUUUCAGCGAAUAGCCAAUGCUUACUUUCUUUUCUUGCUGAUCUUGCAGUUGAUUCCUCAGAUUUCCUCACUGGCCUGGUUUACAACGGUGGUGCCCCUAGUGCUGGUGCUGGCUGUAUCCGGAGUCAAGGAUGCCAUCGAUGAUUUUAAUCGACACAGAAGUGACAAACAUGUCAACAACCGCCCAGUCCAGGUCCUGAUCAAUGGCAUGUUAAAGGAUGAAAAAUGGAUGAAUGUCCAAGUGGGGGAUAUAAUAAAACUAGAAAACAACAACUUUGUGACGGCCGAUCUACUGUUACUGUCGAGCAGCGAGCCGCACAGCCUGACAUACAUCGAGACGGCUGAACUGGAUGGUGAAACAAACCUGAAGGUGAAGCAGGCACUGACAGUCACUGCGGAGCUUGGAGAAGAUCUUCAGAAACUGACAGAGUUCAAUGGUGAAGUCAAAUGUGAGGCACCAAAUAACAAACUGGAUAAGUUCACAGGAACUCUUACUCUUUGGGGAGAGAAGUAUGCCCUGGACAAUGAGAAGAUGUUGCUGAGGGGCUGCACUAUCAGGAACACAGAAUGGUGCUUUGGUCUUGUUAUUUAUGCUGGGCCAGACACCAAACUAAUGCAGAACAGUGGAAAGACAACUUUUAAACGGACAAGCAUUGAUCGGCUCAUGAAUGUCCUUGUGUUGGUGAUCUUUGCAUUUUUAGCACUGAUGUGUCUUAUCCUAGCCAUUGGCAAUGGCAUCUGGGAGUAUGACAAGGGCUACUACUUCCAGGUCUAUUUGCCCUGGGCAGAAGGCGUCAACUCUGCCCCCUACUCCGGCUUCCUCAUGUUCUGGUCAUAUGUGAUCAUUCUAAACACAGUGGUGCCAAUUUCACUCUACGUCAGUGUAGAGAUUAUACGCUUGGGUAACAGUUUCUACAUUGACUGGGACCGUAAAAUGUAUUAUCCACUGAAUGACACACCGGCUCAGGCCCGUACCACUACACUCAAUGAAGAGCUGGGGCAGAUCAAGUACAUCUUCUCAGACAAAACAGGAACUCUCACUCAGAACAUCAUGUGUUUCAACAAGUGCUCCAUCAAUGGCAAAUCCUACGGUGAUGUGUGUGAUAUGUCUGGGCAAAGAAUAGAAAUAAAUGAGAACACAGAGAAGGUUGAUUUCUCAUACAACCAGUUAGCCGACCCAAAGUUUGCCUUCUAUGACCAUAGCCUGGUUGAAGCUGUGAAGCUGAGUGAUGUCCCAACACACAGGUUCUUCCGGCUGCUCUCACUUUGUCACACAGUGAUGCCAGAAGAGAAGAAGGAAGGUAACUUGGUGUAUCAGGCCCAAUCUCCUGACGAGGGAGCCCUUGUCACUGCUGCCAGAAACUUUGGAUUUGUGUUCCGGGCUCGCACACCAGAGACCAUCACCGUAGUGGAAAUGGGAGAAACAAAAAUCUACAAACUCCUGGCUAUUCUUGAUUUCAACAAUGUUCGCAAGCGAAUGUCUGUUAUUGUGCGGAGUCCAGAAGGUGACUUGACUUUGUACUGCAAGGGGGCUGACACCAUUCUUUAUGAACUCCUUCAUUCAUCCUGUGAAACUCUCAAAGAGGAGACCACAGAACAUCUGAAUGAAUUUGCUGGCGAAGGUCUGAGGACACUUGUGGUGGCCUAUAAAAACUUGGAUGAAAACUACUUUCAAGACUGGAUCAGGCGUCACCAUGAAGCAAGCACUGCCUUGGAAGGACGGGAAGAUAAACUGUCAGAGUUAUAUGAAGAGAUUGAAAAAGACCUCAUGCUGCUAGGUGCCACAGCGAUUGAGGACAAGUUACAAGACGGAGUCCCACAGACAAUUGAGACUCUUGCCAAAGCCAACAUCAAGAUAUGGGUUCUCACUGGAGACAAGCAAGAGACAGCAAUGAAUAUUGGUUACUCCUGCAACUUGCUGAAUGAUGACAUGGAAGAUGUUUUCAUUAUUGAAGGCAGCACAUCUGAUGAUGUACUUAAUGAGCUGAGGAAUGCAAGGAAAAAGAUGAAGCCAGACUCCUUUCUGGACAGUGAUGAAAUCAACAUUCAGUUUGAAAAAUCUUCAAAAAAAAUAAAAAUUAUACCCGAUGAGCAAGCAAAUGGGGUGUACGGUCUGGUUAUCACCGGACACAGCCUGGCUUACGCGCUGGAAGGGAAUCUGGAGCUGGAGCUGGUGAGAACUGCCUGCCUGUGCAAAGUGGUGAUCUGCUGCCGGGUGACUCCGCUGCAGAAGGCCCAGGUGGUGGAGCUGGUGAAGAAGUACAAGAAGGCUGUGACCCUGGCAAUUGGAGACGGCGCCAACGAUGUCAGCAUGAUUAAAACUGCCCACAUCGGGGUUGGUAUCAGUGGCCAGGAGGGGAUGCAGGCGGUCUUGUCCAGUGACUUCUCCUUUGCACAGUUCCGUUACCUGCAGCGCCUACUCUUGGUCCACGGCCGGUGGUCCUACAUCCGCAUGUGCAAGUUCCUCAAAUACUUCUUCUAUAAGAAUUUCGCCUUUACAUUAGUGCAUUUUUGGUAUGGCUUCUUCUCUGGCUUCUCAGCACAGACUGUCUAUGAUGAGUGGUUCAUUACACUUUACAAUUUGGUAUAUACCUCCCUCCCAGUGCUAGGAAUGAGCCUCUUUGAUCAGGAUGUGGAUGAUCGUUGGAGCAUGCUAUUUCCUCAGCUAUAUGUACCUGGCCAACAAAACCUCUAUUUUAAUAAAACGGUGUUUGUCAAGUGUAUGUUGCAAGGGAUCUACAGUUCCCUCAUUCUCUUCUUCAUCCCCUAUGGGGCCAUGUACAAUACAAUGAGAAGUGAUGGGAAGGCCAUUGCUGACUACCAGUCCUUUGCACUGAUGGCCCAGACCUGCUUACUGAUUGUGGUGUCUGUACAGAUUGGCUUGGACACCUCUUACUGGACAGUUGUGAACCAAUUCUUCAUCUGGGGCAGCCUUUCUGUUUACUUUGCUAUCACCUUCACCAUGUACAGUGAUGGCAUGUACCUGAUCUUCACAGCCUCCUUUCCCUUCAUUGGUACGGCUCGAAACACCCUCAGCCAACCAAAUGUGUGGCUAGCAAUCUUCCUCAGCAUCACCCUCUGUGUGCUGCCUGUAGUUGGCUUUCGAUUCCUGAAGGCUCAGUUAAAGCCAACUCCCAGUGAUAAAGUCCUGCUCAAAAUCAAAGAAGCCAAAAAGCGGCCACCCCCACCCUCACCCAAGAGACGCCUGCGUCGGACCAGCACCCGCCGCUCCGGCUAUGCUUUUUCCCAUCAGCAUGGCUUUGGAGCACUCAUUAUGUCUGGGAGAAACAUGCGGCCAAAAUCACCUUUUGCCACAACAGGAACAUUUUCACCAAACAGUGACAAACAUAAACACAAAGGACUGUAAAAAAAAAAAAAAAACAAAAAACACCAAAAAAACCCACAAACACAAAACAAAACAAAAAAACCUAAACCACAACAACAAAAGACAAAAAAAUCAACAAAACAAACCAAAGUAAAGGUCUAUCAGGAGACAAGGCUGUGCUCCCUGCCAAGCACUAAGCCAGUGGCUGCCCAGAGCUCUGCCCUCUGGGCUACUGAAUCAAGGACUUGGGCCUUUCCUUUCAUCCACAUGCACCCUCUCACUCCAGUUUCUCUUCUGAAGAUGUGAGCUGCUGCCGGGAAAGGUGGACAGGGUGAAUUAGAGCUGUUGUGUGGUAUUCUAGAGGGCCUCCCUGGAACAAGAGAGAACAUGGUGCGGGAGGCAUCUCCACUCCCUGAGAUUGUUCAUAACGCUAUUUUUUUUCUUCUCUCUUUAACUACAUACCUCAGAGCAAAGAGAAGUCCGGGCUGAGGCAAAGGCUGAAUUGGCAAUGUCUUUCUCAUUCACAUGCUUUUGUUUAUGUCGUUAAUCCACUCUGGGCUGUAUUACUUGGGUGUCAGUAUUGACCCCAGGUGUGCCUUAGGUCCAGCCACACAACCCCCAAUUCUCUAAUCUUUGUAAUAUGUGUAAUUUUGUAGCUUUUUGACUGUACACAGGCACUUUGGAAGGCAUGAGUUGGAAAUAACCUCCUUCCAAACUAACGGUUAAUCCAGUUUCUCAAGAGAUGGCCAGUGCCCAAACACCACCCUCUUCCUGCAUCUUCAGUCGGGAAGUGCUGCAAGCUCAGAGAAACCCUUAGUCGGUCAAGGGACACGGACUUGACGUUCAUCAGCCUACUCUGUAUUAUCUGCAUUGCAAAUCUGCUUUUGUAAAAGAUCAUUGUCCGCAGAGCCCUCCUAAGGUUUUUUAGCUGGUCAUCACCCAUUUCAUUUAGACUUAAAAGGGCAAAAGAAGACUAAGCUCCUGUAUACAAAAUCUGGCCCUGAGAAGCCGGUGUCGUGGUUAGGGCUCCCCCGAACUGCCAGCACCAGGUGUCUGUCCCACCAUAACAGACCAAGGCACACACACAGCUGACCCGAGGGAGAUCACACCAGCCGUAUCGGAGGCAGAGAUGCUAUUUCACAGCUAGUGCAAGGUGUCCGGCCCUUUACUCCACCGCUGCUCUUGCUCAGUGUGAGGGGUGAGGCGUGACCCGGCGGCUCCCCCACCCUCCCUGAUGAGCGGUGUGGUCAAGUUUUAGAGGGUCUUAGUGAGGGGCUCAGGAGCUUCUUCUGCAGAGUUUCUCUGUGCUGGCUAAUAUUUAGUUUGGGAACAGUUCAGCUGUCAAUCAUGAGUUGCAGAGAGCUGAAAAUCCUACCAGUCUGGCUGCCAGCAGAGGGACCUAAAAUGCACAGGCACCACCAAAGACACAGGGAUCCUGAGGGACUGGGAUUUGCUCACUGUUUUGUUAUACCAGCUCUAUGAUCAGCCCGGUUACUGGGUGGAAGGCCAGCGUGGCAGCGUGAGUCUGUCCUGCCAGCACUGCUGACCUGUCUAAAUGGAACUUUUUUGUGCAGAAGACUAAGCAGCACUGGCUCUUUUUCUUUUUUUUUUUUUUUUUUUUUUUUUUGAGCCUUUAUACCAAUUUAGACUCCUUCCUUCUUUUGAAUUGGAUUUUUUUUGCAUAGUAACCAUCUGGUAUUUAUUGGGAACUCUCUGCCUCAAGUCUCUGAGCUAUCAGUGGAGGCAAUGUAAAAAGUCAACAGGCCAGCCAUGUCCCCAUUUCAUCCAGUCUGUGCAUAACACCUCGCUGCCUGUGGUCCCAGUUUCAGCAAUUACUAUGUUAAGAUUGUUUAAAUUCUAAUAGAAAGUUUCAUCUCCCUUGGUUUAACCCCACACAGAAAAAAAACCAGUCUGUUGCACCUGCUGUUUUGGGAGGCUCAUUGCAAAUGUGGUAUUAAAUUUCAACAUAGCCAGUGCAAAACUAGAGCUGGGACUGCAUCCAGACUUAAGUGGCCAGGAGCUGCUGGCUAGGGAAGGAGCAGAUUCUCAUCUGGUGAUCUCCCCUGCAAGGAGAUAACUAAACUGAGAGCCUGCACCCUGACUGGGGAAAGCACUGUAAUAGUUACUGCUUGUCACAGCCCUCUGAUUAACCAUUCACUUUGCAGAGACAAUCAUGGCUUUCUGAUGAGGAUUAUGUCUUUCACUGCUGGCCUCCCUAGGGCUAGAGGAAAACGGAGGAUUUAUGGAGGUAAGCAGACUUCCCCACACUACCCAGACUGGUCUGAGGACCGAGAGUCUUGUCAAAGCUCUUCCUAACGUGUAAUGCAGCAGGAUAGAACAGAGAGCAGCAGAGGCAGGCCUGACAGAGCAAGGCAACUCCUGAGACGGUGUCACUCUUCAUAUCAUUUAUGUGCAAAGCACUCACCUUCUGGCUGAAGGGGAUUUGCAAAUGCUGCAUAGCACGUGCAGGGGAUAACAGAGCUGUUGGUGACUUUGCACCAGAUACCAAUAUUUCAGUGGUUUGACAAGAUCAGCAUUUGAAACAUAUCAGUUGGCAGUGAUGUCUGUCCUACAUCACUCCCGAUUUCGUAAUUUUUUUUUUUUUUUUUUUAAUAAAAAUAUUGGGAUGACUGUU